ACGAUACCAUAAUGGACGAAAUAUUUUCUAAAGACCUAGUUGCAGAUCCUGAAGACUUAGUUGAAGAUUUUAAAAGCCUAUAUGAGUCCAAGGAAGAUUAUGAUACAAUUAUCACUGUUGGAAAAGAACAAAACGCUGUGCAAAUUUAUGCCCAUUCUCAAAUUCUUUGUGCUAGAUCAUCUUAUUUUCAUAGAGCAUUAUCUGAUGAAUGGGUUGUAGAAAAAGAUGGUUACUUUGUUCUAUCAAAUCCUAAUACCAAUGCAUUAAUUUUUAACGUUAUUAUUAAGUUUUUGUACUGUGGAAUAAUAGAUUUGAAAGGCCAAAACGAUGAAACAAUCUUAGAGCUUCUAGUUACUGCAGAUGAACUUGUAAUUCAGGGACUUAUUGACAUCGUUCAGAACUUCUUAGUCCAAAAUAGUUAUACAUUCUUACAAAAAAGUCCUAUUAGGAUGCUUCAUUUUAUUACUACCCAUGAAAACCGAUUCAAUGAACUCAAGGAAGCUUAUUUGGAGACCAUUUGCAAACAUCCUCACUUACUAUUUGAUUCAGAUGAGUUUCUUUCUUUAGAAAAAGAUACACUAAAAUUAAUUCUUGAAUGUGAUAACCUCGAUCUGAAAGAAAGUAUUAUCUGGAAAAAACUAGUUGAAUGGGGAAUCGCACAACAUGAAAGGAACAUGAUGUGUGAUGACAAUAAGAACGAUGACAUGAUUUGUGAUGAUACCAAUAAUGAAGAUACCAAUAAUGAAGAUACCAAGGAAUUACAUGAAUUAACUAAACUCAUUAGAUUUUAUCAGAUGGAUCCUAAAGAGUUUGUUCCUGAAGUAUGGGAAUAUAUGGACAUCCUUCCUAAAGGUUUAAUUAAAGACGUAGUACGCUGUUAUUUAGAUUCAGAUGUUAAACCAUCAUACCAACCAUUUUUAAUCAGAUGGGGCAAUUUUAACAUCACCUCAGCAUUUAUCAACAAGGAGGUUGCGCUAUUAUUGAUGAAGUGGAUUAGUAGAAAAGCUACAGAUGAUAAGACCUUAAAAGGAUUUAAAUACAAAUUUAAUCUUCUUUUUAGAAGCAACUUAGAUGGUAGCUCAUCACGAGUAUUUCAUCGAAAAUGUGAUAAAAAAGGGGCAACAAUUGUUGUUGGAAGAAUUUCAAACUCAAAUCGUCUCGUUGGAGGUUACAAUCCACUUGAUUGGAGUGGAGAUAAUAUAUGGAAAAAAACAGCAAAUAGCUUCUUAUUUACAUUAGAUAAGAAUAACCUCAACAAUGCAACGAUAUCACGUGUUAAUCCUAAUAAUAGUGGUUGUGCUAUUGGUUGCAACGUUAUUCAUGGUCCAAGUUUCGGAGAAGGUCCUGAUCUACACGUUUCAAACAACAGUGUUAACUGGGAAUUUAAACCAAAAUCUUAUCCUAAAUUAGUAAGCUCGGAUUCACUCACAGUCUCAGAAUAUGAAGUUUUUCAAGUAGUUAAAGCCUUCAAAUAG